CGCGAGGCCCAGUCUGGUAUGUUACCAUGGAGGGGCAACACAACCACCCGCAUCAUCUAGGGGACCAGAACAACCCGCUGUGCAAGCUGCCAGGCCAGGACUAUCAGCAUGAUCCCCAGAGACACUUGACGUCGUACCCGUACCGCUGCACGCUGGCAGACUUCCAGAUAGAGAAGAAGAUCGGCCGGGGGCAGUUCAGCGAAGUUUACAGAGCAACGUGUCUGCUGGACAGAAAACCUGUGGCCUUAAAGAAAGUCCAGAUUUUUGAAAUGAUGGAUGCCAAGGCUAGACAGGAUUGCAUUAAAGAGAUUGACCUCUUGAAGCAACUGAACCACCCCAAUAUUAUUAAGUAUUUGGAUUCUUUUAUCGAAGACAAUGAGCUCAACAUUGUCCUGGAACUGGCUGAUGCUGGUGACCUCUCUCAGAUGAUUAAGUAUUUUAAAAAGCAGAAACGGUUAAUCCCGGAAAGGACGGUGUGGAAAUAUUUUGUGCAGUUAUGCAGUGCAGUCGAACACAUGCACUCCCGCAGGGUGAUGCACAGAGACAUAAAACCAGCCAACGUGUUUAUAACGGCCACAGGGGUGGUGAAGCUGGGAGAUCUUGGAUUAGGCCGCUUUUUUAGUUCUAAAACCACUGCAGCACAUUCCUUAGUGGGAACUCCGUACUAUAUGUCCCCAGAAAGAAUACACGAAAACGGCUAUAACUUUAAAUCCGAUAUCUGGUCUCUGGGCUGUUUAUUGUAUGAGAUGGCAGCUCUUCAGAGUCCUUUCUAUGGAGAUAAGAUGAACCUGUUUUCUCUUUGCCAAAAAAUAGAGCAAUGUGACUACCCACCUCUUCCAGCUGAACAUUAUUCUGAAAAGCUGCGGGAGCUGGUCAGCAUGUGCAUAUACCCCGAUCCAGAUCAAAGACCUGACAUUGGUUACGUGCACCAAAUAGCAAAACAAAUGCAUGUUUGGACCUCCAGCACUUGAACCAUCUGCGCCCGCUCUCAAAGCCAGCACAGCUUAGUCUUACUUGAAUUUUUUUUUCUCAGAUGAAACCGACUGGUGCCUAGUCACACAAGCGGGAGGGUCGAGCACUCGUAGCAGGAUGCUCCAAUAUUUCUGCAGGUUAUUUAGCAAGGACUCUUACAAGGUGGUCAUGCUUUAAAGUGACGAUUCUGUGAGGUAUUGCAAGUGAUUUUUUUUUUUUUUAAGC